CAUUUACUUACAAAUGUUUAUUAUAAGACAAUAUGUGCUGCUAUGUGCUGCAGUAUGUGCUGCUAGUAUAUGCUGCUUAUAAAUUUCCUUUAUGGCAACAACCACAUUUUUUGCAGCAUGAAUCUUCUACUGUUGAGACCAAAAGCAUCCUUUAAUUUAAAUAAAAACAACAUAUAAAUUCAACCAAACGUAGUUAUUAAACAUUAAGCUCAUUGCACCCCUUAAUUAUCUCAUUCUUUUUGCAGUAAAGAAACUGACAGUGAGGAAAACCCUUGAUAGUGAUGAUGACUGCUAAGGGAGGGGACAGUAUAGACCCUGAUAAAUGUGACGUUUCAUGGUCUCUCCUGACAAAUCAUCAAUGGCCAGGAACCUUAUAGCAGACACACUCUAUUGCUCCCACCCACAGAAAGUUUUUACAGAAGUCAAAAAGUUCCUUUUUCAUUUUACAGUCAAACAGCGGGCCUUGUUUAUUUCAUUUUAUUUCACACAGUUGAAGGCCUCAGAGAGUAGCUCAGGUCAAAACUGUACGCUAUACAAUAAGGGAGAGAGAGAGACAUUUUUGGUUUUCGUUGAGAGGAAAUUUUGAAACAUUGUGCAAUGGUGCCGCAAAAGUUUUGAAAGGUUGCAUUUAGCCUGCAAAGCGUCUGAGAGUCAGUCCGUUGGAGAAGAGGUCUCCAUGUUGCAUCCAUACAGAAUGGAGAGCUACCUUAUCCCACCUCACUCAGAAGAAAUGUAUGACCCUGAGAUCUACAGACAUCAAAUUCCAGAAUAUUAUAAUCCAUAUGUCCUAGAUACAGAUAUCCAGGCAGAUCACUGGGACUACCACCCUCACCCUCACGUACAUCCAGUAGAGUUUGAAAACCUCCAAGAGGCCAACUUCACAGAGCUGCAAAGUGUGCAGGCGAUCCACCCGCCUGGCCUCAUACGACAUGACACCAUACGAUACGACGCAGAAAACCUGCUCGAUCCAAAUCUUGGCGCACAUCCUCACGUGUUACAGCAACCAGUAGCAUUCUUCCCUCGGGCUGUAUAUCCACCACACGUGUCUCAGCGCAGCUCUGAUGAUGAGGAGCACGGAGCACGAAGUCCCCCGCUGGAGGUAUCUGAUGAGGAGUGUCUGCGAGAUCGAGUCUCUUAUGUCACACCAGGAGAGCUGGGCAAUAAAAAGAAGAUCCGUUUGUACCAGUUCUUGUUGGACCUUUUAAGGAAUGGAGAUAUGAAGGACAGUAUCUGGUGGGUCGACAGAGACAAAGGGACAUUCCAGUUUUCCUCUAAACACAAGGAGGCUCUCGCGCACCGCUGGGGAAUCCAGAAGGGAAACCGCAAAAAAAUGACCUAUCAGAAGAUGGCUCGUGCCCUGCGCAACUAUGGCAAAACUGGAGAGGUGAAAAAGAUAAAGAAGAAGCUGACGUACCAGUUCAGUGAUGAGGUGCUGGGUAAGACUCAUCUGGACAGAAAAUAUAUGUAGGCAGGGGGAUUUCUGAAAUGUCAAGAUUUACUCAGUAGUUAUUGUGUUAGAAACUCAAUCAAAUGUGCUGAUCUGUUAACUUCCAUUUUGUGAACAGCACCAUUAUUGUUCAAUAAUUGAUACUGUACAGUCAAAAGGCAAAAGGGGAAGGAGAGAGGGCGAUGUGUGUGUAAGUGUGUGUGUGUGUGUAUAUUUAUAUAUAAAUAUAUACACAGACUUACACACCCACAAGCAUACACACACACGUAUAUAUAAUGAUGAAAUGAUUUAAUAUCUUGAAAUAAUGUGUUAGUAUCUUCAAAUAAUGAAAUGAAAACAUUUCUCAAAAUAAUGAAUUACUUAUCUGACUUUAAAACGUAGUAUCUCAAAGUAAUGAGAAACAAUAGCAAUUUUUUAUUAUUUUUUUGAAGUUUAUAAUUAUUUUUGCGAUAU